UGCAGUAAAUAAAUCGAAGGGUCUGCACUUGUUGCAGAACAGGACACACACCCUAUACUGCAGGUGCUGAAAGACAUGGCCCUUUCUGCUGUGUGCCCAAGGGAACAGCUUACUUGAUUAUUUAGAUUUGGAGGAGGAGUUUCUGAAUCUGUAAUCAAAUCACUUCAGAGAUUAUUGAUCACUUUGCUAUUGAAUAGAAUCAAAAAUUUUAAAAGUGGAGAGCUUUUAUUGUGUUUAUCUUAAUAAAUCCAUAAGUUAGAAAUUGGUGGCAAGGCUGUGGCCCUCAGAAAAAUCUGAGUAACAAAGUGUAAAAGUUCUCAGCUCCGGGAAUUGUUUGGGAAAGGCUUGUUGACAAGACUGUUCACGAUAAGAUAAAUAGAUUCUUGGCACUGUGGGACAUGUUGCAGCUGUUUUGCUUCUGACCAAAUGGUCUUUCCUGCAUCUCCUUCAUGGUUUUGGUGAUACUGGGCCAGUCUGCAACAUUCUAGAAGCACUGGUUGGAGAACAUGGGAUCUAGUAGUUCUGUAAAUCCCACCAACUACAAGUACUCCCUGCAGAAGUCUGAAAAUGUGCAAACACUGCCAGAUGAAACUCACCCAGCUUUCAAGGCAGCCGUCUUAAUCCAACAGUGGUAUCGGCGCUACGUUGCUCGGCUGGAAAUGCGCCGACGUUGCACCUGGAGAAUCUUUCAAUCCAUUGAAUAUGCUUGUGAGCAGGAUCAGAUCAAGCUUCACAACUUCUUCAGUUACCUCAUGGACCACUUCACGCCAAGCAGCAGUAAAGAAAGACCAACCUGCCAUCCAGGAGAUUUUAUCAGCCGCAUGUUCUUAAGUGGGGAAAGCUUCAAAGAGGCAGAGCUGGAAAAAUACUGUGACUAUGAAUCCAUGGAGGUGCCAGACUCCUACACUGGACCCCGUCUCUCUUUCCCACUCCUUCCUGACCAUGCAACUGCCUUGCUGGAAGCUUUUAAACAGAAACAACAGCUCCAUGCUCGCUAUGUCUUAAACCUUCUGCAUGAGACCAGAAAGCACCUCAAGCAGUUGCCAAACAUCAGUCAUGUCUCCACCUGCUACAGCGAGGAGGUCACUGUGUGUGGAGACUUGCACGGCCAGCUGGAUGACUUGUUCCUCAUAUUUUAUAAGAAUGGCCUUCCUUCCCCUUCCAAGUCCUAUGUGUUCAAUGGGGACUUCGUAGACAGAGGCAAACAGUCCCUUGAGAUCCUCAUCGUCCUCUUCACCUUCCUCUUGAUCUAUCCAAAGGAGGUUCAUCUCAACCGUGGGAACCAUGAGGACCACAUGGUCAACUUACGCUAUGGUUUUGCCAAGGAAGUAAUGCAGAAAUACAAGGUGCAUGGGAAGAAAAUCUUGAAGAUGGUUCAGAAUGUGUUCUGCUGGCUGCCCCUGGCCACCCUGAUUGAUCAGAAAGUCCUCAUUAUACAUGGGGGCAUCUCUGACACCACUGACCUGGACAUGCUUCAGAAAAUUCAAAGGAACAAAUUUAUUUCUGUAUUAAGAGAGAAGAAAAGAAAGGAGUCGAACAAAGAUGUGGAAAUACAGGAAAUAAACGGGGAGAGCAAAGUAGAGACCGAGUCAUCAGAGAGUGAGUCAGACCUCAGUUUAUCCUCGCAGCCCCGGGCGGCUCCCAGCAUAACCAACAGGCUGGAGUUUUCCAAGUGGCUCCGGCAGACGGUGCAGGAGCAAAUCGAGUGGUGCCGCCAGCUGGUGGACAGCGAGUCAGAGACAGAGGAGCCCACCUAUUCCAGCGUGGUCUCCUUGACCGAACUGGAUACGCAGUGCUGGACUCACCAGGAAGAGUGGAAGCAGGUUUUAGACAUUCUCUGGAGUGACCCCAUGCCUCAGGAAGGCUGCAGAGUAAAUACAGUGCGAGGUGGUGGCUGCUACUUCGGGCCUGAUGUGACAGACAAGAUCCUUGAAAAGUACAACUUGCAGUUCCUCAUCCGCUCCCAUGAGUGCAAGCAAGAGGGCUACGAGUUCUGUCACAACCGCAAGGUGCUGACCAUAUUUUCAGCCUCAAACUACUAUGAGAUUGGCAGCAACAGAGGAGCCUAUGUGAAACUGGGACCAGACCUCGUCCCCCAUUUUGUGCAGUACCAAGCAAGCAAGACAGCCCACACUCUCACUAUGACCCAAAGAAUCAGCAGAGUAGAGGAGUCAGCCUUUCGAGCCUUGCGGGAAAAGCUCUUUGCUCACACCUCAGCCCUCAUCAGUGCGUUCAAGGCCUACGAUAAGGACAACACAGGAAAGAUUUCACUGAACAACUGGGCGAUGGCAGUGGAGUCAGUCUUGCACCUGGGAUUGCCCUGGCGAAUGCUGAGACCACAGCUGGUGCGCAGCACAGCUGAUGGCAUGCUGGAAUACAAGUCCUGGCUCGACGACUUGGCCAUGGAGCAGCGAAGCCAAGAGCACAUCCAGUCGAGCUUGCUGGAAGUCAUUUAUCGAAACAGAUCCAACUUGGAGACCAUAUUCAGGAUUAUAGACAGAGAUCAUUCAGGCCUCAUCUCAUUUGAGGAAUUCCGCCAAACCUGGAAGCUGUUCAGCACCCACAUGAACAUUGAACUCACAGACGACGGCAUCAACGACUUAGUUCGCAGCAUUGAUUUCAAUAAGGAUGGAAACAUCGACUUCAAUGAGUUCCUAGAAGCCUUCCGCCUUGUCAAACAGUCUCAGUAGUGAGAACCUGGUGAGGGUUGCCAUGUCCAAUGCCUUGACUGUCUGUGAAGCCAGGGGGACCGCUUCCUCCCUCACCGCAGAGCGUGCCUGCAGAUGCGAAGCAGGGAAAGGGAAGGCAGGUACCUGUAGCACUUAUUGGUUGAAAACAGUGACCGCUGUAGCCAAGAGCUCUGAUCCGUUUGGGGAAGGUAACAGGUAAAAUAGAUAAGCUGCACUUCAAUUCUGGCCAUUUUUAAAAAGGAGCUGUUUUAAGUAGACAUUCCUGCUCAAAGGGAAGAUUCGACUUAGUUUAUCUUGUCAAUGCAUGUGAUGAAAUGUUACAGGUCUAUUCAAGUGUAGGAAAAUGGAAGUAAAGGUAUUUCUUGUAGGCAGCGUUUUAACUCAGAAGCAACUGCUAGAGCAGAGCCUUCCUUUUAAUAAAGUUUUUUCUAGAUUACUCGU